AUGACCAUGAGCUCCGUGGCCGAGAGCCUGCUGGGGUCCGACCCCUCCAAAGCCUUCCUGGAGCUCGGGCACCCGUCGCGGCCGCGCUACCCGCUGCACGGUCCCCCCCAGCACGACCCGCCGCCCUUCGUCCCCUACGGCCGGCCCAGGCCCUGCCCCUACCCCCGCGGCGCCCCCCCGCCGCCCCACGGCGGCCCCUACCCGCCCCACCUGCCCCACGGCGCCCCGCUGCCCCCGGCCGGGCUGGUCCCCAGGCUGCAGGACGCAGAGCGCAACAAGUCGCCGGCGGCCACCAGCGGCGAGCUGCGCCGGGGGAGGAGGGUCCGCAAGCCCCGCACCAUCUACUCCAGCCUGCAGCUCCAGGCCCUCAACCAGCGCUUCCAGCAGACCCAGUACCUGGCGCUGCCCGAGCGCGCCGAGCUGGCGGCCCAGCUGGGGCUCACGCAGACCCAGGUGAAGAUCUGGUUCCAGAACAAGCGCUCCAAGUACAAGAAGGUCCUGAAGCAGGGCUCGAGCGCGCCCGACGGGGAGCCCCAGCUCCCCUCCUCCUCGCUGUCCCCCCGCUCGCCCGGCGUCCCCCCGCUCUGGGAUGUGCCCCUGCCGGGCAAGGGGCCCCCCCUGGCCUCCAGCAGCUACGUCAACGGCUUCGGGCCCUGGUACCCGCUGCACUCGCAGGACACUGUGCCCUGGACCCCCAUGAUGUGA